CGUCCUUCCACCCCACGUCCUACUUCAUCUGGAGUCACAAAGCCAGUCCUUUCCUCCCGACUGACUCCGGAGUUAUUGACGCACUGUCGCGGAUAUCAAGCAGAGCGACUUAUCAAAGGGCCUCACGACAAGCCGCCGCAAGCAACUGCGAUGACUGCUCAGCCACUGGCUGGGCGAGCGCCUUUCAGCACAAGAGAGAUGCUGGCGUCGUUGGUCUUUCCCCCAUCCGGCUCCGAUCAGAACAACACAAGCUCCGGUCCUAAUCCACGGAGAUCCGCAAUUGAAGGGGUUUUUAUUGCUGCGGUAGUCAUCCUUGUAGCUUACCUGCUCUGGAGAAGCAUCUUCCGCGACCGGAAAUCUCUGGACGAGCUGUCUAUGGAGCGUAACAGUGACAGCCGAUGGCCUGAGCGCCCACUCACCACAUUCGAUCUAUGGAGCUAUGCUCAUCUCGAAAGUGGGCUUAGGUAUCCCAGAACUGCCCAUAUCCCUGCGAACUUUGCUCGAACAACAGGACCCAAUAUUCUCGACGGUGGGCGGCGCAUGGGAAGUCCGGCAGACAAAGAUGCAUUACCAGCUUAUGACGCUCGGGAUAUGCCACCUGUAUACCUGCGAGGAUAAUAGCGCUCAUGUAUACCAUACUCAGAACGCUAGUACUUGAUAUACUUCACGACACCCACACAUAUUACAUACCGGCACCCAUUAUACUGUAUACUUGACACAUUCAACCGAGACACUGAUACUUGGCGGGAUAUUCACAUGAAGGAACGAUAGAAUCCUCUAAAGUUAGCGGAGG